AUGUUGUACUCUUUCUGUCAACUGUCAGUGCAAACAACUGACACUGCAUUAGUUACAUUUAAUUCUACUACGUUUAUAACACCAAAUCUUGUACUCCUAGCACAAUUUCAAGGGCAAACGAAUCAGUUUGCUCAAAAUACGGCUCGUUCAUUUGCUAGUACGCUAAGUUUAAUCAACAAUAUGACGCAAGCAAAUAUGUUAGUUUCAGAUCUAUUGACCGAUUCAAUAUCUACUGUUUAUCCACAGUACUAUCUGUAUCAUUAUGAAUAUACAUAUGAUCGACGAGAUCAAGAAUACAAUUCAACUGGCAUUGAAUGUAAUUGCGAAGAAACACCUUGUUGUAUUCAACAGGCAGUUGUUUAUGAUAGCAAUAGUGGUAAAAAUAUUCUAUUUCACACGCCAGAACCAGUUACAAUUACAAAACAUCCUGGUCAUCGUCCUGGUGAUUUGAGAACGUUCAAUGCCAUCGAUCGUCAAGAAUUAACUUAA